CAUAGUUUAAGUCAUAGCUAGAAAAUGUAUAUAGAGUGGUCCAUGUAACACCAAUUAAACAAUCUUAAUUACUAACAUACCAAAUCCAAUUAAAUAUAUUAGUCCCCCCAAACUUUUUGAAUGUAAAACCUCAUGGAGAGUACUCUAAGCUAAGCUAUAGAUCAUAUAAUUAAAUUAAUAACAAUAAUAAUAUAAAUAAUUUUAUUUCAAUAAUAAUAAUUUCAAUAUUUAUAAAUUCAAAUUCCCAAUGAAAGAAAGUAAGGUUGGUCUUUUUCCCGGUCUUUGCUGCUGUAAGCACUUGGGAGUGCGUGCUCUCAUAUAAAAACAACAUACAGUUUCAGACACACACACUCAUAUAUUCACCCCUUUCUUUGUACAUUUACUUCUUCUAACACCCUUUAUUUGAUUUUUUUGAACACCAACAAAAUUUAUUAGGAGGGAAAAAAAAUAUUGCUAGCCUAUUUGUUAUGGGUAGAGAAUGGUACCUAAACUGGGGUACCAAGUCCUCCUCUAAGAAAGGAAAGACGAGCAGUGGCGGUGGUGAUGGUGGUGGUCAUGGUAAUGGUCGUAAUGGUGGUGGUAGUCGAGGAGUGGAAAGAAAACCGACUACGCCACCAACUGCUACGGUGGCGGCUGCUGCUGCAGCAUCUUCAGGAGGAUGCAUGAAUGCUGUACUUCAUCUGUUUGAUUUUCAGCAUUUUCAGUUGUGCUUACAUCCUCAAGAUGCUUCUUUUCUUCCAGAUGACCCCACUCCUCUAAAAGGUGGUAGUAGUAGUAGAACUAGUAGUAACAGUCCUACAGAAACAGAAUCAUACUUUUACUUUUGUUUUUUUAGAUUACAUUUUCAAAUUUUGAUUUUUCUUUUCUUUUCCGAAUGUUCAGGUGUAGAAGCGCCAAGAAAUAGCUUGGAAUCAAUCACAGAAGAAGAUAAGGAUGAUCAUUUACACAUUUCUAAGGGUAUUAAGAAGAAAACGAAUCGAAGAGACACAGCGCUGAAGCUAGUCCAAGUGCCAAGAGGUAAAAUAGAAGAUUUGUCAUCAGAAAGCAGUUGUUCUCCUGCAAGUGCAAGGACACCAACCCUUGUAGCAAGGCUAAUGGGCUUAGAUAUUCUCCCAGAAUCAAACACAACAACACCAAGAUCAUCACAUUCUCAAACAUUUUCUCCACAUAUAAGAUCCUCAACUCCACCCAUUUCCACUCAAACAAGAAAAUCUUGUAGUGCUUGUAGUAUUCCUGGUACUAGAACCUCCUACAUUGACAACGGCCCCGGCCCCCGGUCCUCGCCCGAGACACCGAGAUCAUUGCAAUCAACAAGGAGACGGUCCAUGGAUGUUGUUGAUCACCAUCGACUAUCUCUCCAGAUCAACAAGGAGAACAACAUUCAGAGGGAAAUGGAGUUAUCGCGGCCUUCAUGUUCCGCGAUAACCACCAAGAGAAGAGAUGGGAAAAACUAUGAUGCUGAAGAAGUUGCUAAGAGUCCUAGCUAUUAUGCUAGGCAGAUUAUGAAACAAGUUAAGGAAACUGUUAGUAGGAGAGUUGGUGUUGAUAUUACUAACACAAUUGGGAGAGAACAUAGAAGAGAUGAACAUCUUUUGUCAUCAUCAACAAUAAAACCCAAGAAGUCCAAAAAAGAUCAGUCUUCGUUUCCUCAUUUAUCCUCGUCCUCGCCGAGGUAUAAAACUUACAGUGACGAAAACCAUAAGCAUACGAGCUCGAAAAAUUCGGAACAGCUCCCACCGGCUGUUACUGAAGUACCUCCAAAGACGGUCACAGUGCAAGCGAAACCAGUAGAAAGCGAGGAUGAAAGCUUAAAGAAGCCUGUUCACCCUAUAACAACGACAACGACAACAACGGCGACAACAGCAACGACGCCGAGCAAGAAGCCUUUGAAGUCUUACAAUUCAAUAAGGAAUAAGAAAGAGGAACAAUUUGUUCACCCUUCGACAAUGACAACGACGACGACGAGCAAGAAAUGCAAGAAGAAUAUGUUGUCUAGUGAUCUUCUUCACGGGACAGUCCCUUCACUUGUCCCCCUCAAGAAGGAUUCUUCUCCAGUACCUUCUCCUACAAAAUUACUUGACAAUCAGGGAAUUUCGUCAGAAGCUCAGCUUUCAAAGCGGCUUAUCAGCACCACCACCAGCACCACCACGACACGGUUAUCUCGUUAUCCGAGACAACGGAUAGACGAGAAGAGACAAGAAGAAGCGACACAUGCACCAGCUGACCGCUGGAGGAGCGGUAGGAAGGAUGCAGGUACAGGCACAGGUACCUCCGUAAUGGAGUUUCAGUACAUCAGUAGAAUAUUGAAAUGUACUGGAAUUGACAGAGAUACCCCUGUUUCAUUUACGAGAUGGUAUUUACCAUCACACCCUUUAGACCCAUCAAUUUACCACACUUUAGAAGCUACUCACUAUAUUACAACUAGUGACAGAUUUUGUGAACAGUUAAAUCUUUCGGUUAACAGAAAGUUAAUAUUUCAUUUAGUUGAUGAAAUGUUAGCUGAUAUGUUAAAACCUUAUGUUAAACUCAAGAAUCAUUAUCAUCGUCGUCGUUAUCCCAACAAUCAUCGUGAUACACAGAUGAACGGGUUUCAAUUAGUGAAGACGUUGUGCUCGAAAAUUCGAAGUUUUCCUAUUGCAGAUUGUCAAACACUACAAGAUAUUGAUGCACUUGUUGAGAAAGACAUGCCAAGAAUUGGAGCAACGAGUGAUAUGAUUGUUUACCACGAUGAAGGCGAAGGCGACGACAUUGUAACAGAGAUUGAACGUUAUAUUAUGGACUCAUUAGUCCAGGAAAUGUGCUACAUUGGUUAGUAGAAGUAGCAGUUUCCAUGCAAAUUACUACUAUUAGAUUAGGGAAGAUUAAUGUUAAUGAAUAAUAAUGAUGAUGUAAAGAAAAUGUUUGUUUUAGUUAUUAGAGAUUUUUCUUCUUGUUUGAUUCAAAAAUAGGAUUUAGGAAAUGAUGAGUGGGACCAUGUAAAUAUUAGUCAAAUGGGUUCUAAUUAGUGAAUUUUGUUAGUCGUUGGCUUUUGUUGGUUGCUUCUGUUAGUAUAUUCAUUAACCUUAUUAAUACCACAAAUAUAGAAAUAAUAAAAUUUGAAUUGAGCUUAA